AUGGUCUGCUGCCCCGCGCAGCAACCGUCGGGCGACGACCCGGGGGCCAAAAACCCGGCGACGACGGCGCUCUGGAUGGGGCGUGACCUCCUGCCUCCAACCUCCUUCCUUUUUGAGCAGAUCGACACGCUCACGAUCGCCUCGAUCCUCGAGAAGAACCCGGAGUGGAAGGCUGCCAUCGAGGAGGACAUCUCAAACAACAUCUGGGACCCGAGCCACAUCCCAGACAAGAUCAAGGACUCGAUCGGCCCGCCCGCGGACAAGGAGGCCAUCGCCGCAUGA